GUCCCGGCGCGGCGGGGGGGGGUCCCGGGCGGGCGGGGAGCCGGGGGUGGGGGGGGUCGGUACGGCCGGGGCCCGUGGCCGGGCAUGGCGGGCCGUACGGUGCGGGUGCGGGGGCUCCCCGCCGAGCUGCCCCCCGACAGGGUGGCCGACAAACUGACCAUCCACUUCCUGCGCUCCCGCAACGGCGGCGGCGAGAUCGCCGACCUCCGGCUGGUGCCCGGGGACCCCCCCUGCGCCCUCAUCACCUUCGAGGCCCCCGAAGUGGCCCAGAGGAUCCUGAAGGCGAAGAACCACACGCUGUCGGUCGGAGGGAAGAAAUACCCGCUGGAGGUGACGGCGCACGUCGCGGAGCCGAGCCCCGAUGAGAUCUUCAUACGCGCUUGCGUGAUAGUUGACUAUGGCAAGCUUCCUGCUGGCAAAACCCUCCUGAGGGACUUGCAUAAAGGCUACAGCAACGUGCAGUUCAACUUCGACUCCAAGAACACCCACUGUGUUGUCAAGGGACCAUUCACUGAGCUGCAGGCCUUCACCAGGGACCUGCUGGGCAGCCUGAACCUCAAGAGCCAAGCUGCUGGAGAGAUCCUCCUGCCAGGUGCCAGCCACGUGGCCGAAGAGACCGGAACGCAUGAUCACCGGCAAGUGCCUGACUCCUCUGAGUCAGCAAAAGAAACAGCAAACCUGCCGAAUUGGGACCAGGUGUGUGAAAAGGCAGCUAAAGUCCCAUCGCUUCGGGACCCGGUGGAUGGGGAAGCUGUGGAACAGCUGGAGGACUUUUCCCUGGUGCUGGACUCGGACAUUUACCUGUACAUGCAGAGGUUCUGUGCUGCCGAGUACCAAGGGGUGCUACGCCAGCAUCGUGUGGACGUGGUGGAUAUUAGCAGCGAUGGCAUCGCCAUACUGUACCUCCAACCAUCUGCAGGUAUGUCUGGGGACAUGGACGCCUUGCGAGAGGCCCGCCUGGCCCUGCAGCAGCUUUACCAGCAGCUGGAGGUGCACUUGCGCAAGGAGAAGAUCACCAAGGGUGGGCUGGGUAUGGACAGCCAGGCACUCCGGGCUCUGACACGUGAGCUGCAGAAACUGUAUCCCCAGUUGCUCUGCCACGAGGACGAGAAGCAGCUUUACCUUAUUGGAAACCUCGUUGAUGUUUCCCAGGCCAAGCAGAACCUUCAGAAUUUCAGCAGCAGGAGAGGUGCCGCACACGCGGUGGGCAGCUCCCUGCCCUCGAACCCAGCAGCCUCCCGCACCGCAGGGACCGUGCUGCACGAGCCCGGAGCGCCCGCGGACACCCCGGCUUCCAGGCUCAGCCCGGGCAGGACGGAGCUGAAAGCUGAGCUCAAGCUGGCUGCCAACUUCCGCGCUCUGAAAGCUGGCAGGGCUCAGGCCAGCCGGGGCCUCUUGCUGAAUCAGGACUCGCCGCCGGUGGGACGGGCGCAGCUUUUUGGAAAACACUUACCCGAGAGAGAUGCUCUGGGUCCAAGUGACCCAACAGCGCUCAGCCAGCAGCCCCAGCCUCGCGUCUCUAGCGCAGAUGUGGCUGUAGCUGCAGGAUCUCAGCAGAAGGACCCCGAAGAAUGGGACCAUGUGAAAGGAGGUGCCAGGCUUACAAGACACAAGGCUUUGUCUUCCUUCGGGGACAAAGAAAACAGCACUUUGCAGCAUCCUGGGGACUCUAAAGGCCCAAGUCCCAUCAAGCACCAACCCCGCGCUAGCACGUCUUGUACCUUUGACAUGACAAGGACCUCUUCUGAUUUAGACUCCAAACCCCCUGAAUCCAGGCCUCCGCUGCGACGUUCCAACAGCUUCUCCCUGCCGAGGCCAAAGGAGAGCGAGAAGCCCCAGGACGCGGGCAGCAGGGUGAGUGAGGAGAUGAGCCUGGACGCCCUGCAGUGGUCUUACCUGAAAGACGUUUGCCGCCCUGCUCUGGAUGAGCUGCGCAGGGACGGAGCCGUGCAGAUCUCGGAGCGCCGUGCCGGGGACUGCGCUGUGCUGGCGCUACGGGCGGCGGACAGGAGCAAGCUCUUCCAGGCUAAGUGGAAAGUGGAAGCUCUUGUGCAGAAAUGUCCUGACCUCGUGUGCCAGAGCGUGAGCUACUCGGAGCUCGCCGUGGAUGGUCCAGAUGACAGUGCCCUGGGUGAACUGUGCAGCCUCCUGCGAGGAAACCCCCCCCGGGUUGGGCUCAGCAAAGACAAGGACAAGCUCUGUCUUGCCUGCCCCAAGGAGAUGCUGCCAGCAGUGACUGAGGCUUUCCACGUGUUUUCCUCCAGGAGGCUCCGUGCCCUGAAGUCUUCCUCCUUGUCUCCAGGACCAGAGAGUACAGGGCACCCGGGUGCCAACCAGGCGAGCAGAAGCCGGGACAUGGCGCUGGGCUCAGCCCUUCCCGGCAGCCUGGAGUCCCUGCAGAUGGACCUGCGGCACCUGGACACGAGCGACAGAGCGGACGACGCAGACGUGCUCAGGGCUCCCCGGCUGCCAGAGGCAGAGGAUGAGAGGUCCCCCAGUCCUUGGAGGUUCCAGCAGGCAAUGGGGCAGGAGGAGGCCGGUGACCAUGCUGGUCCUGGGGCCCUGCAGGGAGGAAGCAGUCUUCUGAGCCCUGCUGCGGUGGAUAAGGCAAGUCCCGCUGGUCUGAGGGACUCCCAGGAACCACCAAAGACAAAACUCUCUGUGGGGGAGCCUGACAUUGCACGGCGAAAGCAGGUUUUGCCAGACAGAUUCCAGUUUGCCAGAGACAAGAGCAGAGGAGGCCACGGUGAAGCGAUGGCACCGCUGCGCUCGGCAGACGCAGCCCCUCGCUCCCUGCCCACGUGGCUCUACAGGGCUGCGGCCACCGAGCCACUGUCACCGGAGGCCAGGGGCCAGGAAAGGGCCCUGCUCCCCGCGGGCAGGAGCGAUGUGCAGGAGCAGCCUGAGCCCUCCUCGUGGCAGAGAGGCCCCAGCCUCGGACAGGAAAGCGACGAGACCCCCCCGGGCCGGUGUGAUGCUUGCCAGGGCUCAGGUGUGACCUGCCAGGCCCCCUGCGGUCACGCUUUGUGCAGGACGUGUUUCGCAGAGGACAGUACGCAGCCGGCUUGCUGCAGCUCCGCCUCGGUUGCCCCAAGCCGCAAGAUCUCGGGGACAUUCAAGACCUCCUUGCUGUCUCAGAGUCUGCCUGGCUACUAUCGAGACCCCACGCUCCAGGUUGCCUACACCAUCCCUGACGGCGUGCAAGGGGUUGGCGACCCCCGCCCAGGGCAGCCUUACAAGGGGGGGAAUUUCUGUGCCUUCCUGCCUGACAACAGGGAAGGGCAGAAGACAGCGGUGCUGCUGAAGAAAGCGUUUGAGCAGGGGCUGACCUUCCAGAUCAAGUCCUUUAAUGGCGAGGAGAGAGUGACGUGGGGCCUUAUCCCCCACAAAACCUCCUGGGAUGGAGGCAAAGCCAGGAACGGCUAUCCGGAUGCCCAGUAUCUCCGCGAGGUUUGCACAGUGCUGAAGAAACUGGGCAUCGCCUGAGCAGCCGCAGCCCGUGCCUUCGCUUCUCCUUCCUUUCCAGCUGGCAAAACUGCAGCUUGACACAGACAACUCAGCAAAAAGCCGACGUUUGUCCAAGGAGCUCCGCUGUCCCCGGAGGCAGCCAGAAAUCUGCACGUUAGUGACAGCAGCCGCCCCCAUCCCUGCCCCUCAGCACCCACCAGAGCUUCCCUGGGACUCCAGCUCCUCCUGUCCUCCCCAGGCAGCGUGUUCCCACACCAGCUCCAAGCUGAGCCCCGGCUUUCCGGAGCCUCCCUGCAGCCCAGCCCCAUCUUCUGGAAGCCUCUCCCCGUUCCAGCCACUACAGGCGGUUUCCAGCUCGGCCCCCGCCAGAGCCUGUGCCAGGGCUGGGCUGUCAUUAAUGGCAGCUGCUCACCCAGACAUUUCAGUCCCGGAGCGACAGCCCCGGGCUCCUGUCCCUCCCCAGCACCUGCUCUGGGGCCAGCAGGCCACCGGCUGCUCUCUUGCGGGGCACAAACAGCUCUCGGCGCCGAGGAGAGCUGCCUCCCCCGGGGAAUAUACAGGCAUGGACAGUCGCUGGUGAAAAAGCACAAAUAAACGAGAUUUAUUCCCCGCGUUUUUUUAGCAGCG